GGGCAGGAAUAGCGUGUGCGCGUGUGUUUGUGCGUGCACGUAGAUUGCACCACCGCAUCCCGUUCACCGUUUCUGCAGGCGGCCAUGCUCUAAUGGAGGGACUAAAAUUGACAACCUUCACUUUACUCUCAGAAUUAUUCGGCGUCACGUCGCUCCAGAUGUGACUGACAAGUCAUUAUAUGUCGCCUGCUUUCACUCCUGUGCUGUUCAACGCGGAGAGGCUGUGACAUCAUGGCUUUGGUUAUGGAACCUAUAAGUAAAUGGACACCAAAGCAAGUGUUGGAUUGGAUGAAAGGUCUGGAUGACUGCCUCCAGCAAUAUGUGAAGAGUUUCGAGCGGGAGCAAAUGGGCGGCGAGCAGCUUCUACAUAUCACCCAUCAGGAGCUGGAGGAGUUGGGGGUUACAAGGAUAGGACACCAGGAGCUCAUCCUAGAAGCAGUUGACCUCCUCUGUGCCCUGAAUUACGGCUUAGAAACAGAAAACCUCCGGACCCUGUCACACAAGCUCAACGCUUCAGCCAAGAACCUUCAGAACUUCAUCCUCGGUAGGCGGAGGGGAGGACACUAUGAUGGAAGAGCUUCCCGGAGGCUACCCAACGAUUUCCUCACAUCAGUGGUGGAUCUGAUUGGUGCGGCAAAAAACCUACUUGCCUGGCUCGACAGGUCUCCGUUUGCCAGCGUAACAGAGUAUUCAUUACUGAAGAACAAUAUCGUGCAGCUAUGCCUAGAAUUAACUACAAUUGUACAACAGGAUUGUACUGUAUAUGAGACAGAGAAUAAAAUUCUUCAUGUGUGUAAGACCUUAGCGGGGAUAUGCGACCACAUCAUCUCUCUGUCAUCAGAUUCACUGGUCUCUCAGUCAGCCCAUCUUGAGGUAGUCCACCUCACAAGCAUCAUGCCCAGUGAAGGCUUGGGGAUGUACAUAAAAUCAACAUAUGAUGGACUUCAUGUUAUUACUGGGACGACAGAGAAUUCUCCAGCAGAUCAGUGCAAAAAGAUUCAUGCAGGUGACGAAGUCAUCCAAGUCAACCAUCAGACAGUGGUGGGCUGGCAACUAAAGAACCUGGUCAAUGCUUUAAGAGAAGACCCAUGUGGAGUCAUCCUAACCCUGAAAAAAAGGCCACAGAACACCCUGAGUUCCACUCCGGCUCUGCUGAGGAAUGUGCGUUGGAAACCACUGGGCUUGCAGCCUGUCUCCACCAGCCCUACCAGCACCUCCCCUACACCCGGUGGUACUCUAGGCAUGUCCAAAAUGGAUGCGCAGGAUGUCUACAUCCUUUCUCCUGUUUCUGGACUCUACAGCCCUAGGGAGGAGUUGGGGUUGAUGUCAUGUGAUGACAUCACUCGGUACAGUGUGACCUCACAGUCUGGGUCGAAAGGGUCAGAGGCUGUCAGCUAUUACUUGGACCAGGAUAGUGGUCAGUACUUUUCUCUGUUGGAGGGGGACGGCCCACCAGGCUCUGAAUAUGACAGAGGCCGUAAUACGGGCGUGCGCAGGAGGGACAAGACCCCUACACAUGGUGACCUCAGACCUGUGUCCAUGCCUCCCGAAUAUAACUGGAUGGCCGAGGCCAAGGAACCCAGCAUGGGCAAGAGAGGGAGUCGAGAUUCGGACAAUUCCUUAUUACGUUACCUCAGUGAUGACAAAAUUCUGGUCAUUGAGGAGGAACCCGAAGGUCCGGGUCGAGAGAGCCGCAGAGACUCCACUAGACGAUCUCGGCGCAAGAGCCGCAAUCCCAGCAGCCCUAGCUUUCCUCUUAGUCCGUCUAUGCUGUCCUCCACACUGCGCUUAGAUCAGCCACCUGAUCCUUUGCCUCGAUGUGCGGACACACUGCGAGCUGACACAACAGACAGGUACUCUGGUUCUGGAAGCUCAGGAGCAGCCUCCAUGAAGAAAUCUUUCCAUUACACCUCACUAAGAACAAAAACCAAAAAGCGAAGUAAAGGUUCGCUAACUAGCGCCAGUCGACGGAGAAUUUCCUGUAAGGAUCUCGGCCAUGGUGACUGUGAAGGCUGGUUGUGGAAAAAGAAGGAUGCUAAAGGAUACUUUACACAGAAAUGGCGGAAGUACUGGUUUAUCCUGAAAGAAUCCUGCCUCUAUUGGUACACCAAUCAGAAUGACGAGAAGGCUGAGGGCUUCAUCAGCCUCCCUGAGUUCAGAAUAGACCGAGCCAUAGAGUGCAGACGGAAAUUUGCCUUCAAAGCCUGCCAUCCCAAAAUCAAGAGCUUUUUCUUUGCCACAGACUGUCUUGAGGAAAUGAAUAGGUGGAUGAACCGGCUUGGUUUGGCUGCUAUCGGCUACACACCGGAUGACAAAGUGCCACGUCCAGACGAAGAUUACUGGAGUGAGAGUGAUCAAGAUGAGGUUGAUGGCUCCAUGACACUCAAACAAGAAGGACCAUCAUCGCUCUGUGAUACUUACCAUCGCACACCAUCAUCAAACCUUCUCCACACUUAUGACCAAUUGCCCCGUUCUAUGAGCUCCAUGAGCCUCAUGCGCUCCACUCCGUCACCCCAUCCUCUACCAAUGAGUGCCUCCACCUCCCCUAUCCCUCCACAGAUGGUCUCUUCCACCUCCCCUCUUCCUCUACAGGUGAAUUCCUCGAGUCCCUUCCCAGAACCAAAGCAUGGGCGGCAUUUUUCCAGCGAGUCUACCCACUCCCACUCGUCUGCUGAAGACCAACGUGGAGAGGGACUGGGCAUGGGCACAGGAACAGGCAGCACCAGUACCCACUCCUCAGGCUGCCGGUCUUCACAUCGUGAGCGACGUUCCUGGCAGGACCUCAUCGAGACCCCCCUAACCAGCGCAGGGCUGCAUUUUCUCCAGACAGCACCGGGGGAAAGCGAUUAUGGUGGCCUAAUGGGGAGCAUGGCUGGUGAGAUGGGGCUCUAUGCAGGACUGGGAAGACAGGGCAUGUCCCCGGAAAGACGCAGGCAGGCUACGCUGCCGGUACGGAGACAUCACGCCGCAGACAGAGACAGGGAUCGGGAUGGGCCUUUUCCCCUGGAGCGUGGUCCACACACACACAGCUACACACACCGACGCUCGCAUAAGCAGCGCAGUCAGAGUCUCCCCAGGAAUAGGGACCCAUUUGGAGGAAAGCUGAUACACUCAUCACCUCACAUGGAGGAGAGGAGUGAAGAAGACGAGGAGGCAGAGAGACAGGCUGCAGAUAUACUCGAGGGUGAGGAGGACCUGCGAGAAUUGAGAGUUGACAGCAGAGAGAGGAGGGUCUCAGAGGGAAGGGAGCGACGGGUGUCAGACGGACGUGAACCUGAGCCACUGGAUGGACUUGAACAACUGUACCGGGCCCUCGAACAAGCCAAUGUCACAGCGCUAGGUGACCCGAGACCCUGUAGCAGGCAGGAACUUAGACGAGGUUUCAACCACAGAGUCAGGGACCCCCUUCUGAAUGACAGACUGCACCGUGUCCGAGCACUACGCAGCACCUUGAAGGCCAAAGAGUCUGAGCUGGCGGUCAUCUGCACCCUCCUGGAGGACCCUGGCCUGUGCUCCCAGACCUUCAGGGAAUGGAAACAGUGGCACAGUGAGCUCUAUUCCGACAUCUGUCAGCUCAGCACCGGCACCAACGGCCAGGACGAUCUUUCCCCACUCAGCGCUCCCAUCAUGACACACACACACUCCUUUAUUGAGACCCAUGUGUGAGAAAAGACAGGAGUGGAUCUCUAUCGCUCUCUCAAACCCUCACACAUACACAUACAGUAACACAUCUUGUAACGUGUAAAUAUAGAAAGAACUGUCUGAGAUAUGAGUGAAUGAACUUUUGAUAACUCUGAGGACCCGGCAGGGCGCCUGUUGCAUGCCUGAGCAGAAACCAUUAAUCUUAUUUUGUCUGUGGAACUCAGCAUAAAGUCCACAUGCCUGUCAAGAAGGAAAUGGGGAAUAACGGAGACGUUUGGACAUGUUAUGUGCCCUUUGUACACUUCUUUGUUUUUGCUAUUAUUCUGAUUGUUUUUAGGGGGAGGGACACCUAUGUAGCAGCAAUACAGAGGAAUUCUUUUCACCACAGCACUGUACUUUUGUACUGAUAAACUUGCACCCAGAGCCACCACUCCUCCCCCUUCACUCUUUCUCUUUUAUUUCUUCACUGCAUAUCAUGUUGAUAGCCUCGUUAUUUUUCAAGUUGAUCUGACAGGGCAACGUGGGAAAACUAAGCUCAGUGACUUUAUUUGAAGACUGUGAAAGGUUGCCAUUAAAAUGGUUAAUCUCUCUUUACCAAUGAAAACAACCAUUUCAGUCAACAACCACAUGAAACAUUAUUCAGUACAAACAAUUUUAAACUGUGAAAGAGUUUAUCUGCUCCUCAGAUUAUACAAAACCUACACUUUUUUAAGAUUGAAUUUUUUUCACCAUCACUCAAUCUCUGGUCUCUGUCAUUUUAAUUUGAACUUUUUUGUGUGUUUUUUGUUUAAUUUGUUUUUAGUUCUAAGAUUGUGUAUAUGUGUAUACUACUGUGUAUACUAAUGUAAAUGUUUGUGUUCCACAACCACUGUGAAUCGCUCUUAGAAAAGGAACACAGUAUGCAUUUGUUUUACCCCUUUUUUUCGUGAAACUGUGAUAGAAAGAGUCAUUUUAAAGAAGUCAGUCACUACAAAAAAUGCACUUUCUGUAUAUUUUCAUCCCAUUGGCAACAUCACAGGGUCAGUUUAAUUGGCCUCUUUUAUCAUUGCUGUUCAAAAUAUCAGGUAAAGUCAUAUCAUAUUCUGAACAUUUAUGUACAGUGGACUAAUGUAUUUAAACAUAGAAAAAUAUAUAACUCUAUUUACGUUUUGUGUCAUAAAUUAUAAUGUAAAAUAUAUUAAGAUUUUUAUGCCAAGGUUUCGCAUUGUACCCCUCUUCAUUUUGUUGCAGUUGUUACAACUGAACUCAGCAAAUCUGUCACCAACCUGUUUUUUUUUUAUUUUUUAUUUUUUAUUUUUUAAUUGUUUUUGUUGUCUGUAUUUGUUAAGGCUAACCCAUAGACAUUCUCUUGGGGAUGUGUUGCAUGAGAAAAGGCCUGGGACUGUUUUGAUUGGACAGGGUAAAACAUUGUGGCUCAGUUAUUAUUAUUUUUUAAAUACUCCUCUUGAUUGCAGCAUUUAUCGACUCUUACAGCAUGAUACACAUAAAAGCAUCACUGAAAAAUAUUUUUAGACUUUUACAGUAUGUCCAGAGAUUUGAAAAACUCAUAUGUCUGUGAGGACAUGCACUGUAAACAACUAAGAUGGGAGUGGACAGCGUAUUAAUCAGAAUUUUACAUUGCCUCCUGAAGCAUUCUCCAAACAGAUGACAAUAAUUUAGUUUAUGCACCACAGAGUGAGAUCGAGUUACAAACAUGCUGUCAAUUUACAAAGAAAAUCUUAUUUGAUAUUCUGUUUUUGAAUGUGAUAUCAGGCUGCAUUAGUUAUGUCUGCCCAAUAUCAGGCCAAGGACUCUCCUAGUAUGAACAACUCUCAGAAGUGUAGCACCUACUUUAUCGAGCACUAUCUUUACAUAUUCUUCACCUUCUACUGUAAUUCUUUGGUAUAGCUUUAGUUUGUAUCAUCAUGUUACACGCUUGUGAAAGAUCAAACGCAACACAGAGAUACCGUUUUGUUUUUUUGAAUGAUUUCUUUGAGAGUAUCACAAAGAAAUUAAAUGAUGCAAGCACUUUUCCUGUGCCUCCCAACCCUCUCUUUGGCAACAGUAGACUGACUAUACUGGACUUCCUACAUACACAGAGCUGUAGAAGAGUGGAAAUGCAGUCUUGGUCUGCAGAGGUCUACAGUAUUUGCUCGUCAUCUUUUGGUGCGUUCUCUUUUUUUUCCCCUUCACCUUCUGCAAAGCAACAACUUGAUUGUGGACAUACAGGACAUAUUUUGAUUUGUGGCCACAGACUGUGUUAUCACCCCCUCAUCUUUGUGUGUGUAGACCUGCAGAACCAGCCCAAAUAGGGAGAUUCCACUGUGUGUCCUUUCAGGGGUGUGCACCUCAUGGUACAUUGCACAGGUGUGUAAGAUGUAAGUUGCACUGCGACAUAUAAAAGGAACAUAUUGCUCUUUUUCAAGGAUGAUAUUAGCUUACUGUAAUUCUGUACAAUAAACUGACAAAAGAUGAUAUUAAAAAUAAAAAGAAAGACAAGUACAUUUAUUCUUCCUAACGUAGCCUUUUUUUGGUUUCAUAUAUAUAUAUGAAUAUAUAUUACAAAAAAAUACAGAUUGUAAGUUGUUAAACUUUGACUCCAAUAAACUGAAUCCUCUGCACUAUGAGCGCUGUUUUGU